GUCAAGCUCCAUUGAACCUAUGCGUGUGUGUGUGUGUGAAAUGGAGGACUCAACAGCGUGAACACUUUCUUCUUUGGGUUGGUAAAGGUCCGCUGUGCGUUGAAGGCUGAAGCCUUUCCCUUCACGUCGGUCAGUGGCAAUUAAGUUGUCUCUUCGAUCUUACCCGUACGUUAAGCCCGCGUCCAACACCAAUUCCAUUAUAUAUAUACACACUUUCUAACCCUCCCAACCAUCACUUGCAACAACAAUACAUACCUUACUUACCAAAUAAAAACCACCACUUGCAAUUUCUCUCAUUCACAUACAUUAUAUAUAUAUAUAAAUUUCUAGAGAGAGAGAGAUGGACAAAUAUUGGAUGUGCAUGGUUGUUGCAGGUCUUAUUGCAGCUGUGAUGGCGAAAUCUGCAGUGGCACAAACGAAGUAUGUGGUUGGAGGUAGCUUGGGUUGGGUGGUACCUCCAAAUGGUGCACAGGCUUUCUCUUCAUGGGCUUCUGAUAAGCAGUUCAUGAUCGGGGAUAUUCUAAUUUUCAACUUCUCAACCAAUGAACAUGAUGUCUUACAAGUAUCCAAAGUCUCUUUCGAUGCUUGCAACUCGGCCAACGCUAUAGGUACACUAAUCACACAAGGUCCAGCAAACAUCACUCUCACUUCUUCCGGUGACCAUUACUAUAUCUGCACUGUCGGCCGCCACUGCCAGGCCGGCCAGAAGCUGGCCAUCAAUGUCUCCGGUGCUCCCGGUGCAGCCCCCACGCCUUCCUCCAUCACUCCCACUACGCCUUCUCCAACCUCGACCACCCCUAAAGCUUGCGCUCCAACUCCAACACCAACACCGAUGCCAGAAGUGCCACCUUCUUCCUCGUCUGCUGCAUUUGCUAGUUUCUUGCUUACCUUGUUGGCCAUUUCCAUGGCCUUCAUUCUAUAGAUCAUAGAGAUGGUGUUACAAUUUUGAUUCUCUUUGGUUACAUGUCCACUAAAAUAAAAAUGUACUUGGUGCAAUUUCAUAUAUAUUCAGUUUUGUAUUGGAAAUAAUUCAUUGUUGUGGGAAUUUGGACCGGGUUGGAUGAACCUGUGGGAUGUCUGACAUAUAAAUAUAUCUCUCAGCAAAACGUGACUUUAAUGAAUAGAGUUCAACAAAA